CAGCUGGACCGAAGGGGGCGGGGUCGGUCCUGGGCGGCUGGCCGCGCGGAGGGCCGCCAGGGGCCGGGGGACUGGAGCAUGGGACGGCGCGCCUGAAAGAGCGAGCAGGGGUGAGGAAGGGCCUGGGACCCUGAAGGGAACAGGCACGAGAAAGGGGCACGACAGCAAAGGAGGAAGAUGCAACUGACUCGCUGCUGCUUCGUGUUCCUAGUGCAGGGCAGCCUCUAUCUGGUCAUCUGCGGCCAGGAUGACGGUCCACCAGGCUCAGAGGACCCUGAGCAUGAUGACUCUGAGAGCCAGGCCCGGCCGCGGAUGCCUCGAAAGCGGGGCCACAUGUCCCCUAAGUCCCGCCACAUGGCCAACUCUACUCUGCUAGGACUGCUGGCUCCACCUGGGGAGGCAUGGGGGGUCCUUGGGCAGCCCCCCAGUCGCCCAAACCACAGCCCCCCGCCAUCAACCAAAGUGAAGAAAAUCUUUGGCUGGGGUGAUUUCUACUCCAACAUCAAGACGGUAGCCCUGAACCUGCUGGUCACGGGGAAGAUCGUGGACCACGGCAACGGGACCUUCAGUGUCCACUUCCGACACAAUGCCACGGGCCAGGGCAAUAUCUCCAUCAGCCUUGUGCCCCCCAGUAAAGCUGUAGAGUUUCAUCAGGAGCAGCAGAUCUUUAUUGAAGCCAAGGCUUCCAAAAUCUUCAACUGCCGGAUGGAGUGGGAGAAGGUGGAACGGGGCCGCCGGAUCUCGCUCUGCACCCAUGACCCCGCCAAGACCUGCUCCCGAGACCACGCUCAGAGCUCGGCCACCUGGAGCUGCUCCCAGCCCUUCAAAGUCGUCUGCGUCUACAUCGCCUUCUACAGCACGGACUACAGGCUAGUCCAGAAGGUGUGUCCGGAUUACAACUACCACAGCGAUACUCCCUACUACCCCUCUGGGUGACCCCUGGGCAGGCCACAAAAGGCAGGCCAGGGCUGGAAGGACAGGCCUGCCCACACAGGAAGCCAUCUGUCUGGAUACUGGGCAGGGAAGGGAAGGGGCCUCAGGCAGGGAGCUCCGGGGUGGAGAGGAUGAGAGGCCAGGUGUGGCCAGAACCAGGUCUCAGGUGGUGGGGAAGGGGUCACAGGUGCUGGCCCCAACCUGAGGCUGUGGGGCGAGCAGGACACAGGAGCACUGGCCGAGGAGUGGGUUCUCUGGGUGGCCUCACAGGGCUUCCCCACUGAGCGACAGAAAGAUGCCGGGUCCAGGAAGCCCCUGGGGCAGGCAGACCAAUACAGUUUCUGAGAGGAGCCUGAAAUCUUGGCUCCCUCCUUGCCAUCCUGAGAAAGAACAGCAACGAGGAGAGGAGUAUUUCAUCAGUGUGGUCACCCAGUGAGCCCUGCAGGAUGGUCGAGCUGGGGCUUCUUGGCAGCCAGCAGCAGGAACUCUCCAGCCCCACCCAGGAGGCAGCCCUGAGCCCUCAUCCUGGACUGUGGUCUGAGCUCGGCUUGAGGCGGAAGUGGUGACCCUUGGAGUCUUUGAUGUCUUGGCAGAGAGACCAGCUGCCCCUAGCCAGGCCUCCCCUUUCCAAAAUCGCUUCUCUAGCCAUUGCUCCCCACCCCACCCUUGAGCUGAAGUACCCCUCUGUCCAUAAGCUGAGGCGAGGACAACUGCGCUUCUCCCAGCACCAAGGCCACAGGCGGAAGCCACCUGUGAGUGGCGUGUUCCUCCCCCAUCCUGCCCCUGCUGGCUCCUCUGGGAGUGACCUUAUCCAGCAAGUAAGCCUUCCACAGCCAGCCUUGCCCAUCAGCCCAGGGCUCGCCUGGAUAAAGAUGCUGCCUCCCUCGUGGCCUGUGGGGCCGUCAGCAGCUCGGGGUGGGUGAGGUCACACUGUGGUGGGUGUGCUGGACCUGUCUCUUAGUGUCUGUCUGUGGGGGUGNGGGGUGGGGGUGGGGUUUGUGAACUCACCUGAUGGUCAACUUGUGUGUGCAGACUCUUGUUCACCGAGCAGGGAAUAAAGCUUUCCUGGAU